AUGAAUAAACUUGUGGGUUUAACUAGAAAUUUUUCUAGUUCCUCUUCAUUAAAUGCAAUCAAAACAGUUACUGUGGUGGGAGGCGGGCUUAUGGGCAGUGGAAUAGCGCAGGUUUCCGCGCAAGCUGGCCAAAAUGUGACACUAGUUGAUUUAAGCCCAGAUAUAUUGCAAAAGAGUCAAAAAUCCAUAGAGAACAACCUGAGGAGAGUUGCAAAGAAGAUCCACAAAGAUGAUGCUAGCAAAAUUGAUAAUUACGUCAAGGAAUCGUUUGAUAGAAUCAAAGUGUCUACUAAGGUUGAAGAUGGCCUGAAUUCAGAUCUUAUUAUUGAAGCCAUUGUGGAGAAAUUGGAUAUUAAACAGCAAUUGUUUAAUAAACUUGAUGAGCUAGCUCCGCAGCACACAAUUCUGGCAACAAAUACAUCUUCAAUUUCCAUCAAUGAAAUAGGGACUGGGAUCAAGAGGAAAGACAGAUUUGGCGGUCUCCAUUUCUUCAACCCCGUCCCAGUUAUGCGUCUCCUAGAAGUAAUUAAGGGAGAUCACAUCUCCGAAGAGACCUACCAAGCCAUGAUGGAGUGGGGCAAGUCCGUUGGCAAGACAUGUAUCACAUGCAAGGAUACUCCCGGAUUUGUUGUGAACAGAUUACUGGGACCAUACAGUGCGGAGGCUUUAAGGAUGUAUGAGAGGGGUGACGCAACCAAAGAGGACAUUGACAUCGGAAUGAAGUUAGGCGCAGGUUAUCCGAUGGGUCCUUUAGAGCUAGCCGACUACACCGGUCUGGACACCAAUAAAUUCGUCCUCCAGGUCUUGUACGAGAAGACUAAAGAUCCAGUGUUCAAACCAAUCCCAUUGUUGGACAAAAUGGUCGCUGAGGGCAAAUUGGGGAUUAAAAGUGGGGAGGGAUUUUAUACGUAUAAGAAGUAAAUGAGUGAAUGAAUAAAUUGUAUAAUUGUCAAAGUUAUUUACAAUGUAUCAUGAUAUGUUUUUCGGAAGAGAUAUAAAUUCUUAUUUUUGAACUUUACCUUUAAGACUGUUUUGUAUUUUUACUUUUUUAUUACAGUUUAUAAUACACAUAUUUAAAAUUA